GGCGUGUGUACCAUUCUUUCUUCUUAUUCGCUUUCUCUCUCCCUCCCGCCAAUUAAGCACCAUCCUACAUCCUCAUCCGAAAUCGUUUCACUACCCCGCAUAGCGAUCGAAGAGAAUAAUCCACGUUAGCCGCCUCAGGCGGAUAAUGAAGCUGGUGGUGGAGGUGGUGGAAGCACAAGAUCUCAUUCCCAAAGACGGCGAGGGAUCGGCAAACGCGUUCGUGGAGAUCGAUUUCCACAACCAGCGCUCCCGCACUCGCUCCGUUUCCAAAACCCUUAACCCCAUCUGGAAACAGAAGUUCUAUUUCACUCUCGAUAGCCUUGAAUCAAUCAAGAAGCAGAGCAUCGAGGUCUCCGUCUACAACGAUCGCAAGUCCUUCCCCUACCGCAAUUUUCUUGGUCGAGUCAGAAUUCCAGGCUCCGGCGUCGUUAACAGAGGCGAAGAAUCACUCCAGCGCUUCCCGCUAGAGAAAAAGUGGUUCUUUUCGCACGUCAGAGGUGAGAUCUCCCUCAAAAUUUACAUCUCCCCUGAUCCCGAUACACCUCCGGUUGAAAUCGAGCCAGAGGAAGAGGGAGAGAAACGGGUUAAGAAGGGGAAGGAGGAAGUCAAGGAGUUUAAGAAGGUCGCGACCACCCGGCAUAUUAGCAAGCAUCAGUCCUCCUCUCCGGCGGCUGUGCCUGUAAAGAUGCCGGCGCUAUCAAUGUCAGUACCGGCAGAGGAGUACAAGCUAAAGGAGGCUAGGCUUAACCUUGGCGAACGGUGGCCGGCGGGGGACAAGCAGGUUAGCACCUACGAUCUCGUGGAGCAGAUGAACUACCUCUAUGUCCGCGUCGUCAAAGCUAAGGACCUGCCCCCGAAUCCGCUCACCGGAAGCGUCGACCCAUACGUCGACGUGAAGCUCGGAAAUUACCGCGGCACCACCAAGCACUUCGAGAAGAAAACCACCCCGGAGUGGAACCAGGUCUUCGCUUUCUCAAAGGAUCGCAUCCAGUCCUCAGUGCUAGAGGUGUUCGUCCGGGACAAGGAGAUGGCUCGCGAUGAGUACAUGGGGAAAGUUUCCUUCGACCUCAACGAAGUGCCGACGAGGGUACCUCCGGACAGUCCCCUGGCGGCGCAAUGGUACCGGCUUGAAGAUCUCCGGCGAGCCGGCGAUACCAAAGUUCGCGGAGAAAUCAUGCUCGCCGUCUGGAUGGGGACCCAGGCUGACGAAGCCUUCCCGGAGGCGUGGCACGCCGACGCCGCCGCAGUCCAAGGCGAGGGGGUCUUCAGCGUCCGCUCCAAGGUCUACGUUUCCCCCAAGCUCUGGUACAUCCGCGUCACCGUCAUCGAAGCCCAAGACAUCGUCCCCGUCGACGCCAACCGCGCGCCAGAGUUCACCACCAAGGCCCAGCUCGGUAACCAAAUUCUCAAGACGCGGGUAUCGCAGAGUAAGAGCCUGAGUCCGACGUGGAAUGAGGACAUGGUCUUUGUUGCCGCGGAACCAUUCGAGGAAAUGCUCGUGUUAACCGUGGAGGACCGCGUGUCUCCCGGCAAGGACGAGAUUCUCGGCCGCCUCGUCCUUCCUCUCACCGCCAUCGAGAAACGGCUCGACCACCGCCCCGUCCACUCCCGCUGGUUCAACCUCGAGCGAUAUGGGGGAUUCCUGGAGCCCGAUCCAAGGCGGCGUGAGCUCCGCUUCGCCAGCCGCAUUCACCUCCGCAUCUGCCUCGAGGGUGCCUACCACGUCAUGGACGAGUCCACCAUGUAUUUAAGCGACACCCGCCCUACGGCACGGCAGCUUUGGAAUCUCCCUAUUGGUGUUCUCGAAGUCGGCAUCCUCGGCGCGGCCAGCCUCGCCCCUAUGAAGACCCGCGACGGCCACAGCACAACCGACGCUUACUGCGUCGCCAAAUACAGCCAGAAAUGGGUUCGCACUCGAACUAUCCUCGACUCCUUCGGUCCUCGCUGGAACGAGCAAUAUACAUGGGAGGUGUUCGACCCCUGUACCGUCAUCACCCUCGGCGUAUUUGAUAACUGCCAUCUCGGCGGCGGUGAUGGUGGCGGAAAUAACAACGGUAAGCCCGCGGCGAAGGACUCCCGCAUUGGUAAGGUUCGCAUUCGACUUUCUACUUUAGAAACCGACCGGAUUUACACCCACUCGUACCCACUCAUAGUUCUUCAGCCGUCUGGAGUGAAGAAGAUGGGGGAGCUUCAGCUUGCGGUGCGCUUCACCUGUAUUUCCUUGAUGAACAUGGUUCAUCUCUACGGCCAACCGCUGCUUCCAAAGAUGCACUACGUGCAGCCUUUCUCCGUUAGCCAAGUCGACAGCCUUCGAUAUCAGGCCAUGAGCAUCGUUGCCGCGAGGCUUGGCCGAGCCGAGCCGCCGCUGCGGCGUGAGGUGGUGGAGUACAUGCUGGAUGUGGAUUCCCAUAUGUGGAGUAUGCGGCGGAGCAAAGCUAACUUUUUUCGUAUCAUGUCGGUGAUGUCCGGCGCCUCCGCCAUGCUCCGGUGGUUGGAUGAGGUCAGUAUGUGGCGGAAUCCGGUGACCACCGUGUUAGUGCACGUCCUUUUUGUGAUAUUGCUGUGGUACCCGGAGCUGAUCCUGCCCACGGUGUUCUUGUACAUGUUCUUGAUCGGACUGUGGAACUACCGGUUUCGGCCGCGAUAUCCGCCGCACAUGGACACGAAGCUGUCGUGGGCGGAGGCGGUUCAUCCGGAUGAGCUCGACGAGGAGUUCGAUACUUUCCCGACGUCGAAGCCGCAUGAUGUGGCAAGAAUGAGGUAUGAUAGGUUAAGGAGUGUCGCUGGGAGGAUUCAGACGGUGGUGGGCGAUCUGGCAACGCAGGGGGAAAGGCUACAGGGGGUGUUGAGUUGGAGGGAUCCGAGAGCAACAGCGCUGUUUGUUCUGUUCUGCUUGGUGGCCGCAGUGGCACUGUAUGUGACGCCUUUUAGGAUGGUGGCGCUGGUGGUGGGUUUGUAUGUGUUUAGGCAUCCCAGGUUUCGGAGCAAGCUGCCGUCGCCGCCGAGUAAUUUCUUUAAGCGGUUGCCGUCCAGAAUAGAUAGUCUUCUCUAGCGUUCAGUCUGUGAAGCGGCUGAAAUGUUUGCAUGUUAGUCUUUUUCUAUUUUGUUUAUCGACCUGUGUUUUACAACUUGAGAUUACAGUACAUAUUAUUUCUUUGUUUGUAAAAUUCAUGCUGAAUCUGAGAAGAAAUUAUUAGGUGCGGAGUCCGGACUUAGAGAAAUGACGUUGAUGUUUGGAUUCCAAUAAAAUAUUGAAAAUUGGAGUGGACAA